UUCAGGGGGUUCAGACACCUGGUGCUUUAGAAAACUGCUGCCCUGACAAAGAAUUUCUACUUGGACUGAAGUGUUUUUUGGCUUCUGUUUAUUUUCUCUUGUCCCUAAAAGUAAUCUAAAGGAAAACAUCACUUGCCGCUGCCUGGAAAACAUCUUCCUGUCCCUUUUUUUCCUUCCUUUUAUAGAGGAAAAAGAAACUUGAAGAAGAGAGUUGUUCUUCAGUUUUUUUUCUCUUCAAGCAUAGGUUAAAAUGCCAGGGAAGAAGGAGGAGGCCCUUGGCAUCGCUCAUCUCCUGCUGGAACUGCAUUGCAUCACUUGGAAAACAGGAGGAGAGGACAUGAGGCAGCUCAUCCCGAUGUCCUUUUAACAGCACUUGGUUAAAUGCGUGGAAAUUCAUACACCAGCAUCCACUGCAAGGAAACGAGCAGAUGCCAGAAGAUUUUCUUCUGCACUUGCAAGAAGUGAAAAGCCAUGGGCGUGUUUCCCGUUUUUAACGCCAGCAACAUUUCCCAGGCUGGCUCCCUGGAGGACAGCGGCAACUGGACAGGGGCAACCCAGUUCAGCCAGCCAGGCUGGAGGAUUGCUCUGUGGGCCAUCACCUACUCCUUCAUCGUUGUCACAUCCAUCCUUGGCAACGCCACCAUCAUCUGGAUUAUUCUGGCUCACAGGAGGAUGAGGACGGCGACCAAUUACUUCAUCGUGAACUUGGCCCUUUCGGACCUGCUGAUGUCCGCUUUCAACACCAUCUUCAAUUUUAUCUAUGCCAGCCACAAUGUCUGGUACUUUGGUGAGGAAUUCUGCAGGUUUCAGAACUGGUUCCCCAUCACUGCAGUGUUUGUGAGCAUUUACUCCAUGACAGCCGUGGCUGCAGAGAGGUACGUGGCCAUCAUUCACCCCUUCAAGCCCCGGCUGUCUGCUGGGAGCACCAGAGUCAUCAUUGGGCUCAUCUGGCUGGUGGCAUUCGGGCUCGCCUUCCCGCAGUGCUUCUACGCCGAGAUCACCGUGGACAACGGCACCCUGAAAUGCAUCGUGGUCUGGCCUGAUGAUGUUGGAUCCAGGCACCAGCUGGCGUACCACAUUGCCGUGAUCGUGUUGAUUUAUUUGCUGCCUUUAGUGGUGAUGUUUGUUGCAUACAGCAUUAUUGGAGUUACUCUGUGGAGCAGCACGGCUCCAGACAACCACCUGAACAGAGUCCACUACCAACACCAAGUUAAUGCCAAAAAAAAGUUUGUGAAGACAAUGGUGGUGGUGGUGAUCAUUUUUGCUGUCUGCUGGCUGCCCUAUCACAUAUACUUCAUCCUGGGGAGCUUCAAGGAAGACAUCUACCAGCAGAAGUACAUUCAGCAGGUGUAUCUCGCAGUGUUCCUCCUUGCCAUGAGCUCGACAAUGUACAACCCCAUCAUCUACUGCUGCCUGAACCAGAGGUGAGGCAGUGUGAGCACGUGUGCACAGAGAAAACUAAAAUCUCAGCCUGAAAACAGCACAGAUCUUUGGCUGUGA